CUACGUCUUCCGGGGUCCCAUCAUGCAACCGGCUGGAAAUAAAAAUGGCGCCUGAACGCUCUUACAACAAAUAAAUUAAAUAUCCUACACCGCAAUAGUUUUUUUUUAAUUAAAUAAUAUUGGUGUUGGUAAUAGUCGCCACUAUGCCAAAAUAUUACGAAGAUAAAGAGGAAGACAACACGGCCUGUGCAGGUGUCAAGGAGGACUUUAAAGCAUGUCUCCUUCAACACGACUGCGUCAUUAAGGAGGGGAAAAUGCCCAGUGAAUGUCUUAAAGAAGGCCACUGCAAAGCCUUACAGACGUCGUUCUUUGAGUGCAAAAGAUCCAUGCUGGACACAAGGUCAAGAUUCAGAGGAAGAAAAGGAUAUUAAAGACCCAAAAUGGCGCCACAUGAUAAAGACUGGAUAACCAAC